UUUCGUUCCUUUAAAAACUUUUUCCAGUGUCUAGUUCUUAUCAACAUCUAAAGCUCUUAAAAACAUAAGCUUUAAAAUUAAGAAGGCUUGUGUUUAAAUCUGAGACCACCAGUCUUUUCUAUACUGCGCUUGCGAGCACUACAAGAUUCAGUUCUCUACAACUCAAAGUGAAUCAAAAUUCCUUAAAAUUAAAGUUGGAAACGAGGUAUUUAUGAACAAGGACACGAUCUAAGAGCCCAAAAUCGUAUAAACCUAUUAUAAUUAUAAAGUUAGAUAAAGGCAAUUUUAUUAUUGAACAAAAUAAAUAGGUAUUCUUUCUUGGAAUAUAUGCAACUAAUUGAACAACGUCACUAAUUUCGGAAAAAAUGAUUCAUUUCCAUUUUAGUGAUAAGACUUCAGGCAAAUUAUUGUCACACGAAAUUCUAUUAUUGAACAAAAUAAAAAGAUAAAAAUGAACGGAUUCUUAAGACUUUUGGUCUUAAUUUGUGCUGUUUCAAAACUGAGCGCCCAAAUAUUAAAUGAUUCUGAAGAAGAGGAAAAUGUGAGAAGGAACCUUUUAAAAGUUUUUGGUGAAAGUCCAAAAAGUGUGCACGAUUCUACAAAUUGCCAGUGUGUGCCUUAUAACCAAUGUGAUCCAGCAUUGUAUCGUAUUUUGGAUAUUCAAGAGAUCCACUGUCCAUAUAUGAGGAUACUAUGUUGUCCCUUCAAUAAAUCCCGUUCAAUCUCGAGCACAAAGCCAAGACGAGGCUGUGGAAUUCGCAAUGUCGGUGGUUUAAACAAUAUCCAAUAUGGCAUUGAGUAUAAAUCCGAAUUUGGCGAAUUUCCCUGGACAGUGGCUGUCCUGAAUUCCGGUAACUAUUCCUUUGCAGGCACACUUAUUCAUCCGCGGGUGGUUUUGACCGCCGCCCACAGAGUUCAAAAUUGGGGAAUCUAUACGGUUCGUGCUGGGAUAUUGGACUUAAAAUCCAAUUUUAAGUUUCUACAUGCUCAAGAGAUAAGGGUGCUAAAAAUUAUAGAGCAUCCCACAUUCAGUCCAGUCAGCUUUCAGAAUGAUGCGGCACUUCUAAUCCUCGAGCAAUCGUUCGAACUGAACGAUCAUAUCAAUGUGAUAUGUCUACCUGACCAAGGAGCUGCUCCAGCACCCACCUCAGUGUGCUAUGCCAAUGGAUGGGGCAAGAAUGAAUACGAUGACUCGGUCGGAUACUCAACCAGGAUGAAACGGAUUCCACUGAACAUUUGUAUCGAUCGAUUUGGACAGCCGAUUUACCUGCACACAUCCUUCCUAUGCGCUGCAGGCCUGCGAAGCCAGUAUUUAGGCGAUGGCGAUGGUGGUGGACCGCUGGCCUGUCCCCUUGAAAAUCCCCGGGAAAAUCGCUACCAGCUUAGUGGCAUUUUGUCGUCAAAAUUCGUCAACUUGGUAGGGCUCGUGUCCGACGUAUCCUCGAUGCGAAAUUGGAUUGACCAGGAAAUGACUGCCAAUAAUUUUGAUAUAUCUUACUAUACCGCCUGAUUAAGCCAAUUACAAAAAUAUUUAACUGUUUAAAUAAAUAUAUAAGCAAAACAUAGAUGUUCUUUUUGUAGU